ACUCCUAAAUCUGUAUCAUUUUUCUCUCUCUAAACUUUGCUCUAAAAAACUUCUCUGCGAAGCUCUGUCUUUCUCGCUCCAUUUCUAUUUCUCUCUCUAUCUCCGUUGGUGUGCUUCACGGAGUUUAGUGCAGUAUCGAUCUCCAUUGAACCCAGCCGAUCCAACCUUAUGAUCUCUCUCGCUUUCUAGCUUUUGAUAUGUAAUGCCGUUCACGUGAAUCAAGCGCGACUCCUUUUAGAUCCCUCGGACUCGGGCCACUUCGAUCAGAGUACACUCACCGCAUUGACCGAGUCGAGUUGAUUUGGUUGAACGACCUCAAUCAAUGGGGGCCGUGCCUUCAACCCCCCGCUGGAGCAGCGCACGACCACAGGACACGGCGGAGUACCUGAUCGCUACCUUCGUUGGCGAGAAGUCAUUCCCCGUCUCCUCAGAUUACUGGCAGAAAUUGCUUGAACUCCCUCUCAAUCUUCAAUGGCCACCUCACCGUGUUCGUCAAGCUUGCGAGCUUUUUGUGCGAAAUAACUAUGAUACCAGGCAUCUUGCAAAGAUUCUUAUCCAUCUGGCAUGGUGUUUGCAAGAGUCUCUUUCAACUCCUGUUGAACCAUCUGUUGUUUAUGGGAAAGCUCUGAACGCAUUGUACAUUUCAUCUAUCUUUUUAAAGUACUUGAUAGAAAAUGCAAAAACUGAAAGGAUUGAAGAGUUGUAUCUCUCCCUAGAUGAAAAUGAAGCAAAGCCAGCAGAUGUUACGCAAGGACAAACAAUCGAGGACUUUCUUAUGAAUUCUGUGCUUAGAUUCAUAAGUUCCAUAGAUGUAAGUUCCAAUACUUAUGUCCUCCAUUUGGAACUGCUCAACUUAUUGCUGAUUGCAAUGUCGACUCAGCUUCUUUCUGGGCCUUCUCCUGGACUGAAGGAUGUGAACCCAUUCAUUGAUGCAGCAAUGACUCAGGAAAGGUCUUUAGUUAUACUGGUAGUGCGUAGGCUGAUACUCAAUUACAUCACACGCCUUCCCUUGAACAGUGCCCCUUAUUCUAUAUUUCCAGAGGGAAGUCAGCCUGGUGUUCUACAAAAAGUGGGUUCUGCAGCUGCAAAUAUUGUAUUGUUACCAUUCAAUUAUCUGGUCAGUUCAAGUGGUGAAGGCUCAAGAAGUCCAUUGGCUGACAGCAGUCUUCAUAUUCUACUCAUUCUCAUUCAUUAUCGCAAAUGCAUAGUAGGGGAUGAGUUUAUAACUGACAAAAGUGAUGACACUACUGCAUCAGAUUCCAAUUUGAAACAAAAUACAUGUUUUUCUGACAAUCCUUUCUGCAAAGCCCUUGAGAAUGCAACAGAUGUUGAAUUUGACCGCCUAGACACAGAAACAAAUGUGCUCAAUGGACCAGUUUUGAGGUUACCUUUUGCUUCUCUUUUUGAUACUCUCGGAGUGUGCUUGGCAGAUGAGGCAGCUGUACUGUUGCUUUACUCAUUACUACAAGGCAACUCUGACUUUCUGGAAUAUGUUUUGGUGCGAACUGAUUUGGAUACAUUGUUGAUGCCUGUUCUGGAAGCUUUAUACAAUGCUCCAAAGAGGUCCUCAAAUCAAAUUUACAUGUUGCUGAUUAUACUUCUCAUGCUCAGUCAAGAUUCUUCAUUUAAUGCAAGCAUUCACAAAUUGAUACUUCCUAGUGUUCCCUGGUAUAAGGAACGCUUACUCCAUCAGACAUCUCUUGGUUCCUUGAUGGUUAUUAUCUUGAUAAGGACUGUGCAGUAUAACCUAUCGAAGCUGCGGGAUGUUUAUCUCCAUACUACUUGUUUAGCUACUUUGGCAAACAUGGCACCUCAUGUACACCGCUUGAGUUCAUAUGCAUCACAAAGGCUGGUCAGCCUUUUCGAUAUGCUAUCACGGAAGUAUAACAAAUUGGCUGAGCUACGAGGUAAUAACGGGCAUUUAGUGAAAGGGAGCUCAAUAGAAGAAAAUGGCCUUGCAGAUGAUACGUCAACAGAGAUGCAUAUAUAUACAGACUUUCUGAGACUUGUCCUUGAAAUAUUGAAUGCAAUUUUGACUUAUGCCUUGCCACGAAAUCCUGAGGUAGUAUAUGCAAUAAUGCACAGGCAGGAGGUUUUCCAGCCUUUCAAAACUCACCCUCGCUUCAAUGAGCUCCUUGAAAACAUCUAUACCGUACUGGAUUUUUUCAAUAGUCGCAUGGAUGCCCAGACAAUUGAUGGAGAAUUGUCAGUAGAGAAAGUCCUCCAAGUUAUAAUUGUGAACUGUCGAUCUUGGCGUGGUGAAGGGAUGAAGAUGUUCACUCAACUUCGCUUCACGUACGAACAAGAGAGUCGUCCAGAGGAGUUCUUUAUUCCCUAUGUGUGGCAGCUAGUUCUAUCUCGGGGUGCACUAGAUUUCAAUCAUGAAGUCAUAAACUUGUUUCUAGCUGAUCCACUGGAGGAAAGACAAAGCAACUAUGGAAUGGCUCCAAGUAGUGAUGUCAACAGCGAGUCAGAGCGAGCGGUUUUCUUAGAUGCCUAGGCAUCUCUGUAGAAAGAAAGGAAGGAAGAAAGAUGUUGCUUCAUGGUGAAUCGUGAAUAUGUAUAUACAUUAAAAAAAAGUAGUAGAAAGUUGUAUUCUUAUCAUUCUUUUCUGCUCAUAUAUGAUGCCUCUCUCAAUCUUGAUGAUAUAUUUUGAAUGUAUUAAAUAAGAGACGAGCGCGAAUUCUCAAAUUCCAUUGUUAUAAUAUAGUUUCGUAGAGAGAAAUCAAGUUUUGCAACCUCAAAUCCAGCAUUAAUUGUAAGUGCUUCGGUCUUUGCGAGUACAAAAUAGUUGGACGAAUUAAGCAAUUGCGGUAGAAGGAAACAUCUACAUGGUACGUACUAUGGAAAGCAGCAAGAGUGACAGGUUAGAUGAAUUCAAUAGAAUGUUUAUUUAUUUAUUUUUUUCUUUUAUCUGUAUUGAAAGGUUCACUUGACUUUAUUGUACAUAUAUAUUUUUUUUUCCGUUGAGGACUAAUCUAGAAGGUGAAGUGUG